GACAGAGUCACCUUUGAGCCGCCGCUGCCCGCGGGGCCAUGACGGGCGGCGGGUGCCGGCGCUUUCUCCCCGCGCUCCUCCUCCUCCUCUUCCUCCCAGCGCUGUGCGUGGGGUUCAACGUGGACGUGAGGCACCCGCGGCUCUUCCACGGCCCGGCCGAGGGACAGUUCGGCUACAAAGUGCUGCUGAGGGCGAGCGACGGGGAGAGGUGGCUGCUCGUGGGCGCCCCGUGGGACAGCGACGGCCGCGGCGACAUCUACAAGUGCCCCGUGGGACCCCCCAAUGCCACGUGUGCCAAAGCCAACCUCGGCUCCGCAGCCCCGUGGCUCCUCCCCGAGCACAGCGGCCGCCUCGGGAUGACGCUGCUGGAGUCGGCGGCCGGCGGCGCGGUGGCCUGUGCCCCGCUGUGGUCCCAGACCUGCGGCACGUCCGUGUUCAGCACCGGCCUCUGCGCUCGGCUGGACGCGGAGCUGCGGCCGCUGGAGACGAUCGCGCCCGCGGCACAGCGAUGCUCCACCUACAUGGACAUCGUCAUCGUCCUCGACGGCUCCAACAGCAUCUACCCCUGGGCUGAGGUGCAGAACUUCCUCAGCAACAUCCUCGGCCGGUUCUUCAUCGGGCCCGGACAGAUCCAGGUGGGGGUGCUGCAGUACGGGGAGCACGCGGUGCACGAGUGGGUGCUGGGCCGGUACCACACGGCACAGGAGGUGAUGGAGGCGGCCAAGAACAUCAGCCGGCAGGAGGGAAGGGAGACGAGGACGGCCAUGGCCAUCCACACGGCCUGCACCGAGGCUUUCAGCCCCGAGCUCGGCGGCCGCGCCGGCGCCACCCGGCUGCUGCUCGUGGUGACCGACGGCGAAUCCCACGACGGGGAGGAGCUGCCCCGGGCCCUGGCCGAGUGCGAGAGGCGCAACAUCACCCGCUACGCCAUCGCGGUGCUGGGUCACUACCUGCGGCGGCGCCGGGACCCGCAGGACUUCAUCCGGGAGAUCAAAUCCAUCGCCAGCCGCCCCCACCACAAGUAUUUCUUCAACGUGAGCGACGAGGCGGCGCUCAACGACAUCGUGGACGCUCUGGGAGACAGGAUCUUCAGCCUGGAAGGGACACACGGCUACAACGAGAGUUCCUUCGAGCUGGAGAUGGCCCAGAUCGGCUUCUCUGUCCAUGUGCUGGAGGACGGGCUCCUGUUCGGGACCGUGGGAGCGUACGGCUGGGACGGGGCGGUGCUGGAGGAGAGCGGCCGCGGGCGCAUCGUCCCGUCCCGGGCGGCUCUCCAGGGCCAGUUCCCGCUGCAGCUCAAGAACCACGCGGCCUAUCUGGGCUACGCCGUGUCCUCGCUGCGGCUGCCGGACGGGCAGCGGCUCUUGGUGGCCGGAGCCCCUCGCUUCCAGCACAAGGGAAAAGUCAUCCUGUUCCAGCUGGACGCCGAGGGGAGCGUGACAGUGGCCCAAGCGCUGCUGGGGGAGCAGAUCGGCUCCUACUUCGGCAGCGAGGUUUGUGCUCUGGACGUGGACGGGGAUGGCGACACCGAGGUGCUGCUGGUGGCAGCUCCCAUGUUCCUGGGUGCCCAGAGCAAGGAGACAGGCAGGGUGUACCUCUACAGAGUGGGGCAGAGGCUCCUGGUCCCCUCUGGCACCCUCCACACCGACACGAAGCCGCAGGACUCGCGCUUUGGCUACGCCAUGGCUGCUGUGCCGGAUCUCAACCACGACGGCUUCAGCGAUGUGGUGGUGGGGGCUCCGCUGGAGGACGGGCACCGAGGGGCCGUCUACAUCUACCACGGGGCCCCUGGCACCCUCCUGCCCCACUGCAAGCAGCGCAUCGCGGCGGCGGCGCUGGGACCCUCCCUCCGCUACUUGGGGCGCAGCGUGGCCGGGCAGCGGGUCCCGGACGGGGCGGGACUGGUGGAGCUGGCGCUGGGCGCUCAGGGGGCGGCCGUGCUGCUGCGGUCCCGGCGGAUCGUGCAGCUGGAGGCGUCGCUGCGGGUGGAGCCGCCGAGCAUCAGCGCGGUGCUGAGCAACUGCCGGCGCGGCGGCGGCGCGGCCGUGUGUCUGCGGGCUCGGCUCUGCCUGCGCGCCCGGCCCCGCGGCCCCGGCCCCGGCCAGCGGCAGCUCGAGCUCCGGUACAACGUGUCCCUGGAGCAGAAGCCGCCGGGUUCUCGAGCCGCUCUGGACGCGGGCGGCCGGCGGCUGCUGCAGCAGCGCCUCGAGCUGUCGCUGGGCCGCCAGAGCUGCCUCCACUUCCCCUUCCACGUGCUGGACACCACGGAGUACCUGCGGCCGCUCAGCCUGGCCGUGCGCUGGGCGCUGCCUGAGCCCACUGGGCUGGUGCUGGAUGAGGCGUCUCCCACCUCCAUCAGGAAGCUGAUCCCUUUCUUCAAGGACUGUGGGGAGGAUGAUGAGUGUGUCACAGACCUGGUGCUCAAAGCCACCAUGGACGUGGUGGGCUCCAGGCAGAGCCCCCACGUGCUGCGCAGGGGCCGGAGGAAGGUGCUGGUGGCCGUGGAGCUGGAGAACAAGAAGGAGAACGCCUACAACAGCAGCCUGCUGCUGCACUUCUCCAGCAACCUGCACUUCUCCAGCCUCACGCUCCAGGACAGCAGCCCAGUCAAACUGGAGUGCUCAGCCCUGCCAGGUCACCGCCGCCUCUGCAGCGUUGGUUACCCCGUCUUUCACUCACUGGCCAAGGUCUCCUUCACCCUGGAGCUGGAGUUCAGCUGCUCCAUCCUCCUCGACAGAGCUGAGGUUGCCCUGGAGGCCACCAGUGACAGCACUGAGGAGACACCAGAGGACAACAGGGUUCAGCUUCUCGCCCCCAUCCGCUACGAGCCCGAGCUCUUCCUCUCCAGCGACACCAACCUGCACCGUUACGAGAUUCAGCCGCUCAGCACCUUCCCCCACGGCCCCGGCCCCGAGUUCAGGAGCACGGUGAAGGUGCAGAACUCGGGGUGUUACCCCGUGCAGAACCUCACCCUGCACAUGGCCCUUCCCACGCUGGGCUACGGCCGCGCCGCCUUCCUCUCGCUCACACGCGUCCUGCCCGACAAUGCCUCCUGCACCCUGCAGCCCCCUCCCCAGGCGCCGCGGGUGCUCCCCGUGCACCCCGAGGAUCUGCUGCGCGUGGACAGGCUGGACUGUGGCAACUCCUGGUGCCAGCAGCUGAGCUGCUCCCUGGGGCGGCUGGAGCGUGGCCGCGCCGCGUCGCUGCACGUGCUGCGCAGCAUCCACGACGGCUUCUUCCGCGGGGCGAAAUUCAGGAGUGUGAAGAUCAUCAGCAGGGUCUGGCUGGGGCUCCCGGGGAGCAGCGUCUUGGUGCUGGAGGAGGGGGCACAGAGAAGGGAGCUGGUGCUGGAGAUCAUCCAGGGCAAGCGGGUGCCCAUCUCGCUCUGGAUCCUGGUGGGCAGCAUCCUGGGGGGGCUGCUGCUCCUGGCCCUCAUCAGCUUCUGCCUGUGGAAGUUGGGCUUCUUCACCCGCAAGAAGCUUCCUGAGGAAGAGGAGCAGGAGCAGCAGUGAGGGCAGAGGGGGCCCCUCCAGCCCAGCACCAGCAGGGAGGGGAUUGGGGGGGGUCCCUUCCCCCCCUCCCCCUUAUUUUUGGGGGCAAGCAGGGGCUCAGGGCUCAGCCCCCCCCUCCUGCCUCAGCUCCAUCCCGGCAGAGGCCGAUGGCUCGGGGGGGCUGGAUUGGGCUGGCACG